AUUCUAAAACGAAUAGAAGAAACAAAGUUUAGUGGACCAACGUUUUGCAAACCCACGAAGGAGAGAAAAAGAAAAUAAAAUCUGAGAGUCAUUUAAAUGUCAAAUUGACGCAAAAUAUGAGCCAUAAUGUCCAAAUAUCCCGUAAAAGUGCAAAGACGUAAAACUUUCAAUUAACCAUUUUCUAAUCCUACCUUUUUUAGGCCUAUCUUUUUCCCCCAUUUCUCUUCUUCACUCUCUCGGCGCCUUAGAACAGAGCCUCUCUCUCUCGUCUCUAUCUGUUCAGUCCACUUCAGAUCAUUAACAACAACAACACAGACCUCUUACCUCACGAAUCGAUAAUCAUUAUCAUGUAAGAAAAUUUCAUCUCCUUUUUCUUCGGUUUGGGUGUUAGAUUUUCUCUCUUUUUUUUUUUUUGGGGCUUAGGCCAAGUCGCUGGAGUGUAACUGUCUCCUCCUUAAAUUUUGUUUUCAAAAUCUCAAACAGAUUUUUCUCACCCUAAAGUUUCUCUCCAAUUAGGUCGGGUUUCCAUUUCUUCUGACUCGGAUUUUCCAUGUCAAAUCGUUUAUGUAUGUGUUUUGUUUAUGGGUACAGGGUCUGUGUUCUGUUCUUGAAUUGUUCAAAGGCGCCAUGAGUGAGUUCCAUGACUUGUUCUUCCUCUGUGUCUGUUUUGUUUUUUUUUUUUUAAUCCUCUGUUUCUUUGACAUCCCAACUGAAUUUUUUUGCUGAAUUUGAUGCUAUUUAAAGGGAAGGGGAUGGCAGUUGGGCUUUUGCAUUCUGCAACCUCUGUCUCCACAAUCAUGGGUUCUGUUACCCAGUUUGUCGUGGCUUCCUUGUUAUUCUCUGUCUCCAAAUUCUUCCAUCCUCUGUUUCGUUUCUUCGUAUCUUUAUUACUCAGGUUGCAUAAUAAUAAUGGAGGUGUUUCGAAGGAAAGUUUUGACCGUCCCGUGGCAAUCUCAGAGGAAAGCGAUAAAUCUGAACACUCGGAAUUGGUCAAGUCAGAGCCGAAAUUGGAGGCAAAUGUGGCGGGACCGGAAAUGACAAAUUUUGUUGGAUUCACGCACUCCGAGGAUGAUUCCGAGGAAAAGGAGCCAGAGCCGGAGUUCUCUUUCAGUUUCAGAUUCCCAACUUUUGAAGAAUUCUGCCAAACUGGUGGUCCUGUUACUACCGAUUUCCUCAUUUGUGAAAAAGAAAUUGAAGACGUCCAAAUUUUCAAUUCCGACCCACCUGUUUCUUCAGUUAGCAAAAGCGAAAUCAUGCCUUCCGACGGUUUUCUCGUCUCUCCGGACAUAUCGCCGGUGAUAAGCCAGUUUCAUUCCGAGGAGGAAUCCGUGGUCACCGAUUGCCGUUCUGGUUCGGUUAAUCCGGACAUCGACGGUGGUGAUGGGUUUUUGUCGGACAGAGAUUUCGGUGAGAAAGUUGAAUUAGUCCAUGAUAUUGGGGAAUUCGACGAUUUUGAUUGUGAUGAACAAGGAGAUAGCGACAAAACGGAUGAACUUCCUACGUUAGAGGAUCUAGGAUUCGAGAAGAACGGAGUAGAUAUCAGUAUGAAUCAACCAGAUAAUGAAAUGACGUCAGAGUUUUUAUCUGAGGAAGAUUUUCAUCACCAUCAAGAAAAUUCAAACCAGGACACAAAACGUGUGGUCGGUGGUGUUGGUGACAAGGAUGAUGACACGGAUGUGCCCACAACAACAACGAAUGGUUCUUAUGAUUCUGAGAAGUUAAGGUCAAAGGAUGAUGAAGAAGCUGAAGCCGACGAGGAUGCGAGCAAACUGGAAACGCUGUGGGAACACCAGGAUUUAAUUGAGCAGUUGAAGAUGGAACUUAGAAAAGUCAGAGCCACGGGUUUACCCACAAUCUUAGAGGAGUCUGAGGAUUCGCCCAGGAUUUCAGAUGACUUGAAACCAUGGAAGAUUGACGAAAGGUUCCACCGUGAAGAAUGCAUGGACGAACUUCACAAAUUCUACAAGAGUUACAGAGAAAGAAUGAGGAAAUUCGACAUCUUCAAUUACCAGAAGAUGUAUGCAGUAGGUUUUCUUCAGCUGAAAGAUCCACUUGAACCAAUCUCAGGUCCUAAACCUUCAGGUCCAACCUUCAAAUCCCUACUUUCACAGAAUUUUUGGCCGCUCAAACCUAAAAGCAAUGACAGUGAUCCCAUGAUAAAGUUUAUGCAAGAACUACAGAGUGAUCUGGAAGUGGUCUAUGUUGGACAGAUGUGUCUUUCUUGGGAAUUCUUACAUUGGCAAUAUGGAAAGGCCUUGGACCUGUGGGAUUCUGAUCCUCGAGGCACUCAUCGGUAUAACGAAGUUGCCGGGGAAUUCCAACAGUUUCAAGUGCUCUUGCAAAGGUUUAUAGAAAAUGAACAUUUCCAGGGGCCAAGAGUCCAAUAUUACAUCAAGCAGCGAUGCCUAUUCCGAAACCUUCUCCAAGUUCCCGUUAUAAAAGAAGAUAGUUCAAGAGAUAAAAGAAAGGGAAAAGGAGAGAGAGAUGAGUACAUCAUUUCAAGUGAGAUGCUGGUGGAAAUUCUGGAAGAAUCAAUAAGAAUUUUUUGGCGGUUUGUUCGAGCUGAUAGAGAUUGUAGUAGUCCUGCAGUUAAAGGCCAUAAAGGAAUACCUGCACAAGUUAAAAAUCCGGAUGAAUUGGAGCUCCUGAUGGAGAUCAAAAGAGUUCUUCACAAGGUUUCCCCUCUCGUUUAGAUGUCAAGUUUAAGCUAUAUACGUUAAGUUUUACUACUAUCUAAUUUCCAAAAAUAUUGGUUUAAAUUAUACUUUAAUGUAUUAUACUACAUUUUCAAUCUCUUGAAUGUAACGGCUUUCUUCUAAUGCAGAAGGAGAAGAAGCUAAAAGACAUUGUUAGAAGUGGAAAUUGCAUACUGAGGAAAUUUCGACAGUGCCACGAAGAUGAUGUAGAUCAAGUGCUUUACUUCUUCUCACAAGUAGAUAUGAAGCUAGUUUCCAGAGUCCUAAAUAUGACAAAAAUAACCUCUGAUCAACUAGUAUGGUGUCAUAGUAAACUAAGCAGAAUUAAUUUUGAGAAUAGGAAAAUACAGGUAGACCCCUCAUUUCUGCUAUUCCCCUGUCAAUAGUCUUUUUCCUUUUUUUUUGGUUACUUGUAAUGUAAAUUGUAGAUAUGGAGUUAGACAUGUCAAGAGAGGCAUACAACCUCCAAAUUUUGGUCCUGGAAAUCUGCUUUGAGUUUGGUGAUUUUGUGGUGGUAAAAGGCCAUCCAUUUUACCAAAAGCUUGAGUUUUUCAACUCUGCUAUAAAGAUUUAGUUCGAUCGAAAGCACAACUGCAGGGUUUAACUGUGGUGUUUCUGUCAGAGUAUGAUGCAUUUGGUACGUUCCAGAUCUUAGUUGAGUUUUGCUUUUGAAGUUAAAAGAAAAUUUUUCAACGAGAAUCAUGAUGUUGUUCAUGACUCAGG